UGCAGUUUUGUACAGUUUCCAGCAAAGCCAUCUGUUAGCCACUGACCAGUAACUUGCAGCCAUGGUUGUUUGGAAACCCAAUGAGAGGCAAGCUGUCACUUCUGUCUGGGCAAAAAUUGAUGCUGAAGGUCAUGGCCAAGAGGCUUUGGAAAGGCUCUUGACUGUUUAUCCUUGGACACGCAGAUACUUCGAUAAGUUUGGCGACUUGUCUAGUAGUGAAGCCAUUCAUCAAAACCCCAACGUCAGAGCUCAUGGCAAGAAGGUUCUGUGUGCCAUAGGUGAAUGCAUAAACCACAUGGAUGACAUCAAGGGUUAUCUUGCCCCACUUAGCAUAUUGCACUCGGACACACUCCAUGUGGAUCCAGAAAACUUCAAACUUCUUGGAAACUGUUUGAUAAUUACGAUAGCUGCCAGUUUUGGCGAAGCAUUCACUCCCGAUGCCCAGGCCACCUUCCAGAAACUAAUGGCUGUGAUUUCUGCUGGCCUAUCCAGACAGUACCACUAAACCAUCCAAGUGCAGUGCAGUGGUUAAAGACGCAGCAUCAAAAUUGCAGUUAGGAUUCAAUGUUAAUGGAUUCGUAAUGCAGAAACCAACAUUCACUAUAUAAUGUCAGGAAAUCUCAACUGCCAACAGAUUGUAUGAUGUCAUAAUAAAAAUGAGCCUCAGUAUAAACAACUGUUUGUGUAUUAUGUGCCUGUUGGCAUUCAUGUUAUCAUUUUUAUUAAUGGUAAAGAAAUGCAAGAUAAGUUUAUACUGAAUUAAUUUAAAAUAAAACCUUCAUAAACAUA